CCGCACCCAUCCAAAAUGGAGGACCUUGCGGUAGAGGUCUGCGGGCCAAGUGGAGCCUAUUACAAGGCGACAGUGAAAAAUAUUCAUGAGGAUGAAGUUACUGUGGAGUUUGAAAACAACUGGACACCAGAACGUACUGUCAAGUUCUCACAAGUACGUCUUCCCCCUAAAGAUGGUGGGGUGAAGAAAGAAUUCAAGGAUGGGGACCGAGUGGAGGUGUUCACCAAGUCCCAGAAUGACGAAGUGUUCGCAUGGUGGCCAUCCAGGAUCAAGAUGUUGAAAGGGGAGUUUGCUGUAGUGGAGUAUGUGGGCCAGGACAACUACACAGACAUCAUAGCUCUCGACAAGUUACGAUCAGGCAAUGCAAACCCUACAAUCAGUAGCAGUAGUUUCUUCAAAUAUAUACUGGAAGUGCCUCCUGACCUGAAAGAAGCAUGCCAAGAGGAAGAAACUCACACAGACUUCAAAAAACAUUGUGGUGCGGCUGUUAUUAGUUAUAACCCUACCGAUAACUCUCUUGUCAUACUGUCCACAAGUGAACAAGUAAUUAAGAAGGCUUCCAUCAUUGGGGACAUGUUCAUCAGAAAUCUACGCCAGAAAGUAUUAUUAAAACAGAGGACGGAAGAAGCGGUGAAAAAAUUACAGAGUACCAAGAUCCGGUCAGGGUUCAUGGAGGAGUUCAGUGUACGAGACGACCUGAUGGGUCUUGCUAUUGGAACACAUGGUGCUAACAUCCAGCAGGCUCGAAUGGAAGGAAUCACUGGCAUCGAGCUGGGCGAGAAUACCUGCAGGUUUAAAGUAUAUGGAGAGACUCAAGAUGCUGUAAAACAAGCUAGAAACAUGUUAGAAUUUGCUGAACAGACAUUUCAAGUCCCGAGAGAUCUAGUGGCCAAAGUUAUAGGGAAGAAUGGCCGAAACAUUCAAGACAUAGUAGACAAGUCAGGUGUUGUGAGGGUCAAAAUCGAGGGGGACAAUGAAACUGACCAGCCAAGAGAAGAGACCUUUGAAUUUCAGGGACAGGUGCCUUUCAUUUUAAAUUGAACUGUAGAAAGUAUUGCAAAUGCACAGCUGUUAUUAGAUUACCACUUAACACAUUUACGGGAAGUGGAGCAGCUGCGACAAGCAAAGCAGGAGAUAGACCAACAGCUGAAGAGUCUCUCUGGCCCCCAGUCUGGGCCCUACUUUCCCCCUCCGCGGGAAAGGAGAGGGAGCAAUGACCCUUACACAGAUGAAAGAGGAAGGCGUGGCCGAGGUGGGCGUGGCAUGGGGCGUGACGGAGAUGGGCAACAGAAGCGGCAUGGCAUGAACACUGGGGAUGAAGCGACGUCUCCAGAGCCUGUUGGUGAUUGGUCUGCAGAAGUAAUGGCAGAAGAGAGGCGGACAUCUGGCUACUUGACUGACAGUGUGUUGAGUGGAAGUGGCUACCGAGAGAGGCGUGGCAGGGGGAGGUACUUUCGGGUCAAUGAUGAUGAUGAUUCCCAGCGAUAGCCGUUCCGUCGUCGAAUGACCGAUGAUGAUGAUACCGUCCUAGACAGCGCCAGUGUCAACAGCCAAGAUCAAGAGGCAGUGGCGGUAUGGUGGUAUGCCCCGAGGCGGUGCGAGGAGGAGGAGCUGGUGGAAGCAGUGCCCCUCCCACCCAACAGGCUGCUGGCAGAGCUGGCCCGGACAGUCCAGUUCUCAACUUUCUGCUUCAGCGGGCUCCACCAGGCGCAAGCAAAGGUGGCAAAUCAACCCAGUGGAAGUGACUCAGACUCUAAAAGUGCAAAAUCUAAAGUGAACAAUCCUGCCAAAACCAAAGAGCAAAUGGUGAAUGGAGUAGAGAGGUCUCCGUGUGGACAAUCCUUGUGCAAAGUACUUAUAUUACCAUGACUGAGUGAGUGAUCUACUGCAUGAGCUAGCCCCAUUGUGCUCCCAUACACAGUGCAGUUAGUGCUAACCCCAACCUGGUUUGUUAUCUCAGUUAAUGAAGAGUGCAGGUGAGAGUUUUAUACCUGAGAGAUUUGUGUGUACUCGAAAGCGCUACACAAACCACUGAUAAAAUUCUGCUGCUGAGGGAUGCCAAAUUUUGUGAAUAGAAAUUCUCUAGAAGGCGUAGUAGUAGUAAAGCUUGUAACUGAGACAAGUUGUGUGUGUUGAAACAAUAGAAUUAUUUUGACUGACUGAAGAACUUUAAACCUGUGCCUGGAGUGAAUAGAGGCAAAGGGAGAGCACCCUUGUAAAGGGAGAGCACUCUUGUAAAGGGAGAGCACUCUUGUGACAGCUUGAUUAUGGAAAUCGAUAAUGGACUCACUGAAGUUGAAUCCAUCAUGCGACUUGACCUAUUUUGAGUGUCUUCAGUUCACGGUGCAGCUUACUUACAGAAGGAGUCAAUGAAGACCUCUGCUGAGAAGUUUACCCUCAAAGAGACCACUAAUCUACUUUCUUCUCUCAACUUUAGAGUUCUAAAUGCCAAUAGCAUAAUUUCGUUGUUAAGGUAACUGAAAACAUUGUUCCAGAUGUAAAAUCCUUACAGUUUGAUUUGCUGGAAUAAUCACAAGUGUUACAGCUGCUGUUUAUUAUGAAUUAUUUCACACCUCUCUUUUGAGGUCAAUUUUAAUAUGCAUUAUCGAUAAAUGUCUGUAUGAGUUUCAUUUGAAUAUAGAAUACCUGCCUACUUUAAGCCAUGGUGGACUCUUGACUAUGGAGCAACUGAGAACACAUGGCCAUAUUGUAUAUUCAAAGUGUCAUCCAAACAAUUUUAUUUGAAACAUGCUUUUUGGGAUUGUUGAACCAAUACUCUCCUGUUUAUUGAUAUUCUCAUAUUGAAUGAACGUCACCCUUCAGUUGAAUAAUUUGUUGUGUAGGGAACAUAUUAUCUUACAUGCAUAAUACAAGGUUUGUUUUAUCACUGAUGGAUUCCUGUUACAAAGGGAAAAGAAAUCGGAAAUGUACCGACUAUAUAUGAGAUGGCGUCUGUCUUUCUCAUCAUUUCCACAAGAUGUAUGAUACUAAGUUGAGGCUCUACUAAGAGCUGUCAGUAUAAUAUUAUUCAGUGAUCUCUUGAGAUUAGAAUAAGUUUAAUAGAGCGAUCUGGGCGGAGGGAGAAUUGAUAUUUUUCUAAAUUUGUUUCAGUAGACAGAAAAUAUUCUUACAGAUUAUCUGAAAAGAAAAGAAUAUAAUUCUUGUAGCUAUUUAAUAGAACUUACUUAAAAUGAUUACUUCAAUAGCAGAUAUUGCUAAUUGCAGUAAAGACAUUCUGCUACAUAUGAACUACUUUCCCCAGAAAAUGACAUGACAGGGACUAAGAGCUUAUCUUACGUCUUGAUGGAAAUCGAACAACAGAGAAUUACAUCCUCAUGGAUGGACAACCCAACUUAACAGUUGGACAGAUAACAUCCAGUAACCAUUGGACCCCAAACAACAAGAACAGCUUGAAGACCAAGCUGAAGUUUAGGACUGGACAUCAAGCAGUGAUCAAGCCAGGCAGCAAUCAGGUGAUCAUUGGACAGUCCUCUAAGUGGAAGUCAAGGACAAAUUGUGGAGAAAUGUUUCACUGAUGUAAUUGUGUGAAGCUUGACAAUGUUCAAGUCUACAGAAUGACUUGCGGCGUCUUUUCGAAAGAGGAACAACCUCUCAGAUGAACAUUCAGAUGAACUUGAGCAAACUUUAUGUACUCCGCAUCUCCAACACACCAUGCUGAUACUCAUGGCAUCAAGACAGUUUGGUAGGAUUUGACUUCCUGAAGAGGUGUUAGUUGGGAAGUAUAUAUCUACCACACUUACCAGACUGGGCCAUUUGUUAAAGCUUUGAAACUGCGUGCAUAGAGCAGCCAUGGUACUAAGACUAUUCCAAGUCAGUUUUAUACCAUUAUCACUUUAAUGUCAAUGACAAGGACUUGUAAUUAUCAGAGCACCAUGGUCUGUUUAUGCAUGCAUGUCUGAUUCGAAAAUGUUGUCGAUGAUUGUCGGUUUUUGGAAAUGCCUGAAGUUGUAGCUUUGCUAAGUUCCUGUUAAGGCUUAACCUUUCUCUCUCUCCGUGACUUCACAUGCAAACAUUUCUUGCAGUCAUGGAUGAGGGAAGGUCAACUUCUUUGUCCGUGAACUAGCUUGCCCGACAUCUCAUGCAGUCAUGGAUGUAAGAAGGAGUUACUUCUCUGUCUGUGACCUUGUGCCAACAUCUCAUGCAGUCAUGGAUGUGAGAAGGAGACACCUUCUUUGUCCGUGAACUAGCUUUGCCAACAUCUCAUGCAGUCAUGGAUGUGAGAAGGAGACACCUUUUGUGUCCGUGACCUUGCGUGCCAACAUCUCAUGCACUCAUGGAUGUGAGAAGGAGACACCUUCUUUGUCCGUGACCUUGCAUGCCAACAUCUCAUGCAGUCAUGGAUGAGACAAGGAGUUACUUUACAUGCACUGCUUACAUGGAGAGAUUUCUACACACUAUCUCUGACACAGCAAAUGAUUUCUUUCUGUAGAUAAAUGAAGUUGGUUGUGCGAGAAAGCGUUGUUUUGAUUCUGUCCUAGUUGGGAGCAGUGACAAGUAGGACAAAGCGUGUGUUGUGGUCAAUACAAGUUUGUGAUUGCUGUGCCCGGAUAGUGAGGAGAAGUGUUUCCAGACAGUGCUGUAUAAAGGAUACUUACUCCAAAUGUAAUGGACAUAAGGGAUUGAAGAAAAAAGAUGAACAUGUCUUCUCCUUUCUUGUGAAUCACAAAAACUGCUUUCGAAAGAAAGGGUUCAUGUAACUAUUUAUACACACAUUUUGUUGUGUGUACAAUCUGUUUGUGAAUUAGUAUUUAAGCGUCAUAUUUAUAUCAAAUUGUGUUGUGUAUUGUGACAUAUCAAUAUAAUUCAUGGCUUUUAGAAUUGAAAAAUGCAGUUAAGCUGCACAAAAAAGCCAAAAAAAGCUUGUUUUCCUGCUAAUUUCUGUACUAUCAGAUCUGUGUAGUAUUAUAUCAGUACUGAAUGCUGUGAGUUGACAGACUGUUCUGUGUUAACACCCUUUAUCAAAGGGAAAUGAAGGGGUUAUGGCUGAAUAAACGUUUUGACUAAGAGUUUACUUUACAGUUUCAUGAAUGCUGUUUUAUUUGUAGUUUAAGAUAAUAUGAUUAACACCCUUUGAUUUUUGUGAGUGCAUUUUCUUGUUUGACCUGUCAAUGGUAAUUGUUUUGAAAUGAUCAACUAGGAUGAGAUUUGUAACUAAAGGCCAUAUCAGAAAUAUUGAACUUUCAAAUAAAAUAUUCUGUCUUUAAUUUUCAGAAAUUGUAGAAACAUUAUUUGCCCUAUUUCUUAACUUUUUGCAAUAUAAUGAUCGAUGUAUUCAAGAAUAAGGUGUCAAAACAUUUUUGUGAAUUGGAAUACACAGUAGUACUCAGUUUCAAUAUUCAGCCAACUGAUCUUUGGUCCAUAUGAACUUCAUAUGUGAUACGUGUGUUAAUAUAGUUUUCUGGGAUUGGUAUUAAUUUGUUUCUAUCAACUGAUGUUAAACAAUAAGAGAAAGAAAUCCAGUCAUCUUACUCGUUUAUAGAUGUUGCAUUUGUAAACUGCAAAGUCCUGUGUGUUUUUAGCUAUUUCAGUCUAUAGAGUUAACAUGUGUGUUUAAUGUAGCUGUUGUAGUAGUUCAUUGUAUAUUUAUGACAAGCAUAUUUUGGACAUUGUAUAUCUGUUAGCAGAUUGCAAACACUAUCAUGAACUUGACAAGCGUAUGACUUUGAUGACAGAAGAUUUGUAAUGAUUUCAUAAGCACCAACAUUGAAUGAUUUAAAAUAGUUGGGAAACAGAUCUGUUGUCCUUUGUCAGGAACCCUACAUAUUACAAGAACAGGUGCUUGUGGCUUUAGAAAUCUCUGGUAUACUCAACGCUUUGUAACUCCCCAAAAGUCUUGUAUGGAAUCUUCCAAGCUCUUGCAGUGGAAGGAAGUAUCUGCAGAUUUCCCUGGGGUGAGUGUUGGACACAACAUUGUUGCAUCGUGCAACAGUGUUGCAAUGGAUGAACAAGACAUGACCAGCUGUGUUUCAGAGCUUCUUACCAUGUAGUGUGUGCUUUAGGAUAAUGGUUUGUUCAUUUGAAUUGACAUGUUGUUCCCAUGGGAAUUGCAUUGGUGUCAGAAAAUAUAUGUUUGUGUUCUAUAUCACCCUGGAGCCUAAAGUUGAUUAAAUAAUUUCAAGAAAUGUUCUUGACUUUGACAGUAUCUUAUUUUUUGUUGUGAGACUGAAUAGAGUUUAUAUAUUCAGCUUUGAAUUAAUUGAUGUUUAUUAUUGAAUUGUGACUACAAUCUUACACCUAAAUAUAUCUGUUCUUGAAAUCAUUUCUAACAGUAUUCUUGCUUGCCACAUUGAAAUGAUGGAGGUAGAAGUACUAUGACUUCCUUUCUCUGUGAACACAGCUGGUCUCAUAGCAGUCACCACUGGUUACCAUUGACAUGUACAUAAUGUAUUAUACUUCCAUGCUUAUGAGACAAGCAGAUGACUUUAUUUGUGGUACUUGAACUAACCUUGACUUUGGCAUUGAAAAAGCAGAGACUUCGUGUUGCAUACCCACCUUAAUCUUCUCCCUGUAUGGCAUGACAUGACAGAAACAAUGAUUGAAACAAUUCCAUUGAAGAUGGAAUAGCAAUUUAUCAAUAGACUUAACACGAACUAAAGGUGUCAUUUUUUGUUUGUGAUCUUUUUAAAAUUACACAUGUUGACUGAUAAAGCAGAUGGACACCUGUAGACAGUUUAAACAUCACCUGACCUUGAUAUGAACACUGAAAGACUCCAGUCUGUGACCACCUGUCUGGUGUUUUUAGAUAGGCAAUUGUGUCCUCUUGCUGAUAUAUUAAGCUAGAGGUUGUGCUAUCAUUAUACAAUACAGUAUGUUCCUCCUGUCUGGUAUAGAGAACGUCCCACCUUGAUGUAUGCCUUCAGGUUGGGUUUAGGUUAGAUGCUGUAGACAUUUUAGUCAGUUCCACCUGUCUGCUGUGGAGGCAGGAAAGAGUCCCAUCUUGUAGACCCUCGGCUUGGGUUCCAUCCAGAUGCUGUAGACAUCUUGGUCAGUUCCACCUCUCUGGUGUGGAGACAUAGGAAAGUGUCCCAUCUAAUUAACCCUCGGCUAGGGUUCCAUCCAGAUGCUGAAGACAUCUUGGUCUGUUCCACCUAUCUGGUGUGGAGACAUAGGAAAGUGUCCUAUCUUGUAGACUCUUGGCUGGGGUUCCAUCCAGAUGCUUGUAUAGUUCAGUCAGUUUUUUCAGAUUUACAGGACAGGUGCCAAAUUGUAACGUAAUGUCAGUGUUGUUUAAUCUGUCUAUUCUGUUUUUUUCUCUACCAAGAGUGAAAUGGACAAAGAAAGUACUUGCGUGGGUUAAGAUCCUGGUUUGUCUUGCUACCUGUAUUGACCUUUGAACAAUCUGCUGUUACUUGGCACCUGGAGGGAGUGUCCUUCUCAUCCUCACAUUCAAUAAUGAGGCAUAAUUACAUGUGCACAUUGCAUUGUCAUGAGAACACUCCCUGCUUACAAUGGCCAGCCUUUGUUCACAGAUCCAAACAGAAGGACCAGUGCAUAUUGGAUGUUUCAUCUUUGUCUUGGUGAAAUGCUGAAUAUAGAAUUUGUGACAUAGGAUGAAGGUUAAAAUUGAUUCAUCUGAAACAAAGAACUAUCUUAAAAUACUUUUGAGUUUUUUACUUAUCUUCUCUUAUUUCAAUGACACUCAUUUGUGCAAUGUUAACUAUCUGUUAUGUGAGACACUGUCCAGAGUGGUUAUUGUCAGGUGGAAGAUUACAGUGAACAACGAUGAUCUUGAAUGGGUGUAGGAAGUCACAUUUAUGUAAAUACACACAUAUUGUAGAUUGAUGUCCACAACACUUACAACUCAACUGGUAAGAUUAUAUCCUGAUGUUUGCAUGUGAAAUACAGUCAUUACUGAAGAGUGUUUGGGGAAAAGUAAUAACCAUAGGUACAUUUGAUCAGGUUUUGCUCUGAUCAAAAAUAAUUCGAUCGCGUAGAGACAAAGUGUCAGAAACAACAAUCCCUCCAAAACUAUCCCCGAACAGACUUUACCCCUGUGACAGCUGAAGUAGACAGACUGUUUUGUGAAAAGGCACAGCUCAAAAAGAUAUUGUUUUUUUUUCUUCUUCAGAGUUCCAAUAGUUUACUUAAGUGAAAGAUCAGUGUAGCGAUGGUUUCUGUAAAAGAUUGCAUCUGAGUUUUUAAAUGGAAUUUUAGUAAUUACCUUCUUGUUGCCUUAAUUUCAUGCUGUGAUUGACUUUAUCCUGUUGCCAUGGUAACCACGCUGCUUCUUGAUGGGGGAGGGAUAUGUAGUGUAACCAAAGAGACAAGAUCAAGUUGAAGUUUGUUAGUUGUUGUGCUGAAAAUAUUGUUACAGGUUUAUAACUGCUCUCAAGUUACAAGUCAUCCUCUUCAACAAACAGGCGCCGGUCCGUCACGAUGUGAAAUACCAUUUGUUCUGUUUUAACUUUGAGUUGACUUUGUUCCUAUUUUCAUAUCCUCCUCUUGAGAGAGAGUAACAGUGCUGUAGCAAGUAAUAUGGUCAGGUUAAGUUUCAGUAUUUCAAAACA